CGCAAACCUUCCUACCUGAGCAAGUACUUGCCUACGAAGGAACAACAUUUAUGACUUUUUAAAGAUGGAAACAAUGACCACAGAGAAGAGAAUAUACAGUCGUUGUCAAACCUGAAAAAGACCAAAAAUUAAAGGAACAAAAAAAGAUGAAUUUUUCGAAAUAAAACCAAGAAAAAAAGGAAUGAUUGUUGUGAUAGGUAAUAUCCUUUGUUUUCAAUUUCUGUUGAAGGAGCGAAGGUGUAUGCCAAACAAAAGAAACGAUUUUUUUUCAAUCAACCUUUCCAGAUUUUCCCCUUGUUCAAACAAUCUUUUAGCGACUGGAGUUUUUUACCUCAAAAUUGGCAAUUGGGAAAUGUGUCAAACACUGCAAUUGAAAAUUUUGCCUAUUUGCAGGGAACCUUUGGUGUUUAGAAAUUGCGUUUCAACUUUAGAUACGCCAGUGGAAUGCAAUGAGGUUAUUUUCCUUAGUGAAUAAAGCUUAUAUCUCCGUAUUUGAAGGAAUGUCAAUCUUUCCAUGUAUCUGUUUUCUCUUGGGUUUUGUGCUUAAAAGUAUAUGUCGAUAGAGAAUAUGAAUAUAAAUAUAGUAUAAAC